AUGGGUGGUAUGGGAACUCCAAAUAUUUGGAUGUUGGACUUGGCCCUACGUUGGACUAUCUUUGAGUUCUCGAAUAUUCAAAUAUUGGAAACUCGGGGGACAUACCUCCCGCCAAAACUUCAACCCUUGGCGGAGAUACCUCCCACUGAACUUCAACUCCCUCGGCCCAACUUUGCUUGCCCAAGUUUUGCGAGGAGGGCACCAAGGUGCACAAGGAGAAAAUUCACCAUAGCCCAGCUUUUUGUAAGAGGAGUGGCCAACCAAGGUAGUCAAGGAGUGCCCGGCCCAACUUUUUGA